CCAAACUUCAACAUGUUUGUUUUCUAAAUUACAAGUUAAGUAAUAAUUUAUAUUUGGAAACAAAUUCUAGUAGAACAAAUUCAAUUAACUGUCUUGUUAGUUACAUUAAGUACAUAUUGAUUACUGGUGCAUAAUAUGAUGGAGGUUACAGAUAAAAAUCAAAAUAUAAUUCCAGAAGACGCUUCACAAGUCAAUAUUUCAAAUCCAGAUACAUUCCAAAAUAACCGCAGCAGAGACACAACCUAUGCUAAGACCAUGUUAAAGGAAUUGCUGAGAUUUGACGUUCAUCAUCGAACUGAAAAGGACUUACGGGAACAUGUCUCUCGACUUCACUGUUUGGUUAGAAAGGUAGUUUUAUUGCUGUUGGAGAAAAGUUCUCUUUGCAAAAAUUUGGAGGAACAACGAACAGUACUUACUCUACAGUGCACCUCACUGAAGAAUCUAGUAGCUGUCACGAAGGACCUGUUGGCUUUGAGAAACACUGAGGUCGAGCAGCUAUAUAAAAAAUAUGAACGAUAUGGAGGAAAGAAUUAAUUUGGAAAAAAAUAAGCAACAAAACAUCCUUAACACUUUGUUUGAGUCUGCAAGACUAAUCAAAAUAGGCAUAAGACAGCCGAGCAGGAGUCAGACACACGUGACGUAGAUGCUGCCAGGAGCAGGAGUGACUGUCUGGUUAGCGCUUCCAGCACUGCUGCUAGCUGCCGAGGACCUGGACUCCAGCACCUGCCUCACCCUCGACCCAUUCGACAGCGCGCUGCCCCAGACCACACCCUCGCCCUACACCCUCUCCUGUAGCAAGACUGGGAAGAUCACGAACCAGGACUCCGUCAUCUUCACCAUCAAGUCCUCGCGACCUCGGGUCGACUUCCGAAGGUUCGUGGUGCAAGCACUGGACCGCGAGAGCGGUGUGGCCGUGGGCAUGUUCGUGGACACAGGAGACGCCGACAUCACCGUCGUCAACUGUUUUGGUCGUUCUGAGAACACUGCGAUAGAGUUCGAUACAGAGCCGAAGACAGAAGCGCGCAUGAGAUGGAUGCCUGACUUUGACUACGCAGGCAAUAUCACAUUCUUCGCCACAAUAGUCCAGUCCGGAGAGAUAUUCUGGCUGAUUCGAUCUCUGUAUACAACCCUUGGUAGAAAUUUACAUAUUAUAAGUGAUGUUUGUAGAUUUUCUUGACUGUAAGUCGUACUGUUUUAUUAUUUUAAACCCCUCUUU